AUGCGCUCUCAACUUCUUACUUUCGCUUUCGCCACCCUCAGUGCUGGGCACGGCAUUGUCACCAACCCAACAUCUCGGUCAGCGGGGAAUGCAAUGAAAGCCGUCUGCGGCCAACAAGUUACCAACAACCUACAGUCAAACGAAUACGGAGACAUCCAGCAACUAUCCCAGAUUGGCUCAUCACAACCAGAUUUCAAUGCCACUACCUGCGAAGUGAGCUUGUGCAAAGGCCUCCAGUUCGACGAUAACUCUGCGAACGUCCAGACAUUCACACCAGGACAAGUCGUGCCUAUCACGGUAGACAUUCAAGCCAAGCAUACGGGGACUUGUAACGUAUCUGUUGUUGACACCGCUACGAAUACGAUGAUUCGCAACGAGUUGAUAUAUUUUCCCGUGUACGCAAGCACCUCGACCGAAUUGCCCAAGAACAAUACACAGUUCGACAUCACGAUGCCUGAUGUGUCUUCGCAAUGUGGAACCGCUGGAGCUUGUGUUGUUCAAUGGUGGUGGGAUUCUAGAGAGUCGGAUCAGACAUAUAUGAGCUGCGUAGACUUUACGAUGUGA